CUGUCCGAUGUCGUUUUCCAGCUGUGGACGAAACGUCUCACUGUCAGCGCUCGCCAUGAACCGUCGUCGUUUGCGACAUCGGGUUACAUUGAAACUAGUGGUGAAGUGUACGGGUUAUGUGUAAACAUUGAUGAUCAGGUGGCUGGUACAUCUGAUAGUGGAGUUGUUUACCUUCGCGACGGCGUUUCUUCAACUGAACCAACUGGAACGCGUUUUGUACGGAUCGUAGAGAGAGCCACGUCAGAAAGCCAAAAAUGGACCAUGGUUGUUAACAGCGGCGCUCGCUACGCUAACUUACCCAAGCAUUGGAUUAACGAUCAUGUAGUCGUGGAUUCUACUGCGAACUUCCGCUAUACCAGCUGGCGAAAGCAGAUUUUGAAAGAUCUUUGCUCUGUUAAUGAAGCUAAUUGGGAAGCGCUACGAUCCACUGGCAACGAUCUGGAGGAGCUGGUAGAAGAGGCGCAAGAAGCGGAUUCAUGGAGUCGGAAGUACCCGGCAAAAAUGAGAAGACAGGGAGUACAGCGAUUCCAGAGUGGUGUCGUAUUUCUGAGCUCUCAUCAACUGAUGUUCCAGCCUACUACAGGGAACACUGUUGUAAAAUCUUUAUCAGAGGUGUGGUGUUGUGCAUUUCGUUGA